AUGAAGGAUAUAUUAAGCCAUAAGAAGGAUUGGUGGGAGGUAGAGACAAUGCUCCUCACUGAAGAGUGUAAUGUAGUCAUCCAGAGGACCCUACCGGAGAAACUUCAAGACCUUGGGAACUUUGUGAUACCGUGCACUCUCAGAGACGGUUACACAAGGAAAGCCCUAUGUGAUCUUGGAGCAAGCAUCAAUCUGAUGCCUUUAUCACUAUUAAGGAAACUUGGGAUCCAAAAAGUUAAGCCUACCCGCAUCUGCCUUCAUCUUACUGAUGGCUCCAUCAAGUUUUCAUCAGGAGUAAUUGAAGACAUGAUUGUAAGAGUUGGACCCUUUUGCGUUUCCUACAGAUUUCGUGGUGUUGAAUAUGGAAGAACAGAAGAAUGUGUCCAUCAUUUUAGGGAGACCCUUUCUGGCUACAGGAAGGAACCUCAUUGA